GAGUGAACCGGAUGUCGUUGGGGUGUCAAAGAUGGCGCUCUCCUUGACACGGUGAAACCUUAUAAGUUUUGUUAGAAAUGCGUUAGUUUUAAACUGUCUGAGGACACAAAGUGUUCUUGGAUGUGAUAUAAUAGACUGUCUUCAAUUCUAUAAGUGGCAGAAAGCUAAAUAGAGAUGGCUCUGAAGGAAAUCAGCGGUUUUGUUCGGCUGUUGGGUCAAAUUCACCGGGGUGGUGUAGGUUUGGCUUCAAAGCACUCAGCUCGGUGUUUGAGUCAGGCUUCGGCUCAGCCCGAACCCACCCUGGAUGAGAACGAAGCCGUGAGCCCGACCUUUGUGAACAGAAACCCGCGGAACCUGGAGCAGCUGGCGCUAGCAGUGAAGGACCGGGGCUGGAAGACCACCUGGCCUCAUCAGCAGUUCUACCACAGGUUGAUGUUUACUCGCAGUCAGCACCACGUCACGGCGGAGGUGUUCUCCUGUACCUCGCUUGUUCCCGUUCUCUCCUGCUCCACCAAGGAGUGGGCCAUAAAGAAGGAGCUGGCUUCCACAAACUGUGUUGCGGCGUGUCAGGCUGUGGGCGAGGUUCUGGCGCAACGAUGCCAGCAGGCGGGCAUCACCAGGAUGGUGUACAGGGCGAUUCCCUGGACUUACCGCUCAGACGCAGUUCAGGCCUUCAGAGCUGCGAUGAAACAGGGAGGAGUCACCCUCAGUGAACCCAGAAGGAAAUACAUCGGGACCUAAAGUGCAGCAUCCUUACCAUAUAUUGCUUUUAUAAACUGUAUCUAUAAAACCUUCUUUUGUCACAUUACUGUACAGAUAUUUACAUUAGAAAGGCUGAAAUAAAGGAGAAUGUGAUGAAUAAUGUCAUGUGUCUAAUGAAUAAAUCUGAUCUCCUG